AUGCGUGCAUCUAACAUACCUUUAACUGGCCCUGAGAUUCAGUCAAAAGCAAAUGAUAUUGCUAAAGAUAUGGGUAUCGAAGACUUCCGUUGUUCUGCUGCAAAUAAAGUUGAUGAAGAAAGUGCGAACAACUGGUUGCAUGAAUUCAACCGAGUGAAGGAAAAGUAUCUCUCAUGUGAUGUGUUUAACAUGGAUGAAACUGGAUUUUUCUACAAUCUUUUUCCAAAUCACACCCUUGGGAUAAAAAGUGAUAAGUGUCAUGGUGGAGCACAAAGCAAACAAUGUGUGACUGUUGUACUGUGCUGUAAUGCUGACGGCAGUGAGAAGUUUCGACCCAGGGUUAUCAGUAAAUCUGAGAAACCACGUUGUUUUAAAAACAUAAGUAUGGGCACUUUACCUUGCAUCUACUCUCACCACAAGAAAGCUUGGAUCGAUGGCAUGUCAUUUCCCAAGUGGCUUCUUCGUUUCAACAGUCGAAUGGUUGCUGAAAAUAGACAUGUUCUUCUUACAUUGGACAGAUGUACUGCCCAUAACGUUCAUUAG